AUGAACAACUCAGCCAGGGAAUUUCUCCGAAGGCAAAUGCAGGAGGAUCAUGAUCCUCCAAUACUGAAAACCUGCAACCUUGGCAUCUUUGACCUGGCUUUCACUGACUUCCUCUUCCUCUUCUUUGCACUCCCCUCCGCCCUCCUCUUCCUGGUGGAGGAUGUGUCCUGCCCUCCUAUCCUGCCCUUGAUGUACCUGGACAUCCUUUUCCAGCUCUCAGUGGUCUCCACCUACAGGGUGCUCUGGAUGAUGCAGAACACCUUUAUGUGGUACAAGCUCUGCUGGCUCUGCUGCUGCUGGAAGCCUUCUCUGCGCCUGGUGUGGCUGGUGCUUAGUUUCCAAUUCUGUGCCUUCUUCGCUCUGUUUGUUGUCAUUCCCACAGUGACAUUCCUGUGCCCAUCACAAGAGCAGCAGCACUGCCGGGCAGCUCUCAUCUCCAUGUACACCCUCAUCCUUCUCCUCGUCGUUGCACCCGUGUUCAUUUCCAGCACAGUCAGCUUCAUUAACGCCAGGCAGAGCUCCCAGCAGCAGCAACCCAAGAGGUACGCCAUCAUUAUCUUCCUCAUUGUGCUCCUCAAUCUCCUCCUCAAUCUGUGUGAUUUCCUGCAGCAGCUCGGUUACAGCACUGUGUCCUCACAAGUUGUUUUCCUGCUCACUUGCAUCCACAGCAGCAUCAAACCCUUCAUCUAUUUCUUGAACAGGGUCUUUGAGGAGGCAGAAGAAAACAGGGUCUUUGAGGUGGCUGAAGAACACAUCGCCCACAGCGAUGAGUCCAUCAUGGACUCAGCGGUCGGGGCACUUCUCGCGAUCCGCCCUAGUGAAUCGCGUCCACCCUUGGAGGUGACCACCGUGUCCCCAUCUCCUGCCUCACCCACUGAAGGAGAUGAUCUCUGUGAGACAGAUGUCACCAGUGUGGCCACCCACAGUGUGACCCUGGUCAUCUGCCUCUGUGGGCUGGCUGGGAAUGGGGCUGUGCUCUGGCUCCUUGGGUCCCACUUUUUGUCCAGGAACAACACCAUCCUUUACAUUCUGAUGCUGACUUUUUUGGACUUCCUCCUCCUCCUCUUUGUGUUGCCCUCCACUCUGCUCUUCCUGCUGGAGAAUGUGUCCUGCUCUAGCAUCAUGCCCUUGCAGUACGUGGGGUUGCUUUUCAGGAUCUCAGCAGUGUCACACAGCGUGUGGUUGUGCACACUGACAUUCAUCAGCAUCAAGAGGUGCAGGUCCACCCACUGCCCGCUCUGGCACUGCUGCCACCAUCCCCAGCAGCUGUUGAAGGUGAUCCAUGCCAUGCUCGGGGCCUUCUUCAUCACUUUCAUCAUUGUCAUUGCCAUAAUAUUUUCUCCAUGCAUUGUCUUGUUAUCUGAGCAUUGCUGGGUUUCUUACAUCUCCAUGCACGCCUUCAACCUCCUCCUCUGUGCUCCCUUCAUCCUCAUUUCCAGCAAAAUUGUCUUCACUCAUUUCAAGCCUGGCUCCCAUCAGCAGCAGCCCAAGAGACUCGAUAUUGUUAUCUGCCUCUUUGUGCUCUUCACUCUGCCCCUCAUCCUCUGCCAUUUCCUGCAGGAACUCAGCUACACCAUUUUGCCCUCCCAGGUUCUUUUCCUGCUCAUCUGCAUCCACAGAAGCAGCAACCCCAUCAUUUGCUUCUUGGUGGGGAGGUGCUGGAGGCCCUGCUCUGUGGAGUCCCUCCUGCUCUCCCUCCAGAGGGUCUUUGAGGAGCCAGAAGAAAACACUGCCCACAGCCAUGAGACCACCAUGUACAGAGAGGCCUGA